AGAAGGCUUACAACAAUAAAAGGCUUUAACACGUGAUAAAGAAAACACCAAAAAGCUCUUUUGCAUGCGUGUAUAAAAGAUUCAUCACCACCAUCGCCUACACACCACCAUCAUCAUCUCCCUCUCUCUUUUUUUCUUCUUUGAAUCCUCUUCAAAAAUCCCAUCUUUUUGAAUCUCCUUUUUUGGGCCCUGCUCUUUUAUUUCUCUCUAUUUUUAAGCCCAUCUUUUCUAUCAUCUUCCUCUUGUUAUCUUUGCUUCAAAGUUCACUGCUUUUUUAUUUUUGUUUUCAAGUUGGUGACUGCAAAGGUAAACCAAGUAUGCCUAUAAGGCAAAUGAAAGAGAGCUCAGAGCAACACCUGGUGAUAAAAAGCCACUUGCAAAACACUAUGAACACAGUUCAAAGACCACCCAAAACAGCACAAAAUGGCAAAGGUCCACCACAAGCUCAUGAACCUCACAACAACACAAAACAACCCCAUAACCAAGCCACAUCACCUCCAUCAAAGAAUAGAGGAAGAAGAAGAGGAAGGGGUGGUAAAAAAUCUGAUCAACUAGAUGUUUGUAUGAGACCAAGUUCAAGGCCUUGCACUGUAGCACAUAAACCAGUGAACCAAGCUUCUUGUGGAAUGGAAAUGGCGUUCCCCACUUCAAGCAAGUCUUUGAAUUUUGCACCUAGACCUGGUUAUGGUCAAGUUGGGACAAAAUGUAUUGUGAAGGCUAACCAUUUCUUUGCUCAGUUACCAGACAAGGACUUGAACCAGUAUGAUGUUACAAUAACUCCCGAAGUAGCAUCCAGAACGGUUAACCGAGCUAUUAUUGCAGAACUUGUGAGACUGUACAAAGAAUCCGAUUUGGGUACGAGAUUGCCGGCUUAUGACGGCAGAAAGAGUUUGUACACGGCCGGUGAGCUUCCGUUUGCGUGGAAGGAGUUCGUCGUUAAGCUUGUAGACGAGGAAGAUGGCAUCAAUGGCCCCAAACAAAGAGAAUAUAAAGUGGUAAUAAAGUUUGUUGCACGAGCAAACAUGCAUCAUUUAGGCCAGUUUUUAGCCGGUAAGCGAGCUGAUGCUCCACAAGAAGCGCUCCAAAUACUAGACAUUGUAUUACGAGAGUUAUCGUCAAAGAGGUACUGUCCUAUUGGGAGAUCAUUCUUUUCACCUGAUAUUAGAGCACCACAAAGGCUUGGCGACGGUUUGGAGUCAUGGUGUGGUUUUUACCAAAGUAUUAGGCCUACUCAGAUGGGGUUGUCUCUGAACAUCGAUAUGGCUUCAGCUGCAUUCAUCGAGCCUCUCCCUGUAAUAGAGUUUGUUGCUCAGCUUCUAGGCAAGGAUGUACUGUCUAGGCCAUUGUCGGAUUCCGAUCGUGUGAAGAUUAAGAAGGCGCUCAGAGGAGUCAAAGUAGAGGUGACACAUAGAGGGAAUGUACGAAGAAAAUACCGUGUUUCAGGAUUGACUUCUCAGCCUACUAGAGAACUAGUGUUUCCGGUUGACGAUAACUCUACAAUGAAGUCUGUUGUUGAAUACUUCCAAGAAAUGUAUAGCUUCACAAUUCAGCAUACGCAUCUACCUUGCCUUCAAGUUGGAAACCAGAAGAAGGCAAAUUAUUUACCUAUGGAGGCAUGCAAAAUCGUGGAGGGACAGAGAUAUACGAAAAGAUUGAAUGAGAGGCAAAUUACUGCUCUCUUGAAAGUCACAUGCCAAAGACCGAGGGAUCGAGAAAAUGACAUUCUGCAGACGGUUCAACAUAAUGCUUAUGAUCAAGAUCCUUAUGCAAAGGAGUUUGGAAUCAAAAUUAGUGAAAAACUCGCUUCGGUCGAGGCUCGUAUCCUUCCUGCCCCUUGGCUGAAAUAUCAUGAAACUGGAAAAGAAAAGGAUUGUUUGCCUCAAGUGGGGCAAUGGAACAUGAUGAACAAGAAAAUGAUUAACGGAAUGACUGUGAGCCGAUGGGCAUGUAUUAACUUCUCACGAAGCGUGCAAGAGAGUGUUGCUCGAGGGUUUUGCAAUGAACUUGCUCAAAUGUGCCAAGUUUCUGGCAUGGAGUUCAAUCCCGAGCCUGUUAUACCGAUCUACAGUGCCAGGCCCGAGCAAGUGGAAAAAGCUUUGAAGCAUGUUUAUCAUGCAUCCAUGAAAACUAAGGGAAAAGAACUAGAGCUUCUAUUAGCUAUAUUGCCUGACAACAACGGCUCGCUUUAUGGUGAUCUCAAGCGAAUUUGUGAAACUGAUCUAGGAUUAAUAUCACAAUGCUGUCUGACAAAGCAUGUCUUUAAGAUCAGUAAACAAUACUUGGCUAAUGUGGCCCUUAAGAUCAAUGUUAAGAUGGGUGGCAGAAACACUGUUCUUUUGGAUGCUAUCAGCUGCCGAAUACCGUUAGUUAGCGAUAUACCGACCAUAAUAUUCGGAGCAGAUGUGACUCACCCGGAAAACGGAGAAGACUCGAGCCCCUCAAUAGCAGCAGUAGUAGCUUCACAAGAUUGGCCGGAAGUGACGAAAUACGCUGGAUUAGUUUGUGCUCAAGCUCAUAGACAAGAACUCAUACAGGACUUGUACAAAACUUGGCAUGAUCCUGUACGUGGCACUGUCAGUGGUGGCAUGAUCAGGGAUCUUCUGAUAUCUUUUAGGAAGGCCACGGGGCAAAAGCCGCUGAGGAUAAUAUUUUACAGGGAUGGUGUGAGCGAAGGACAGUUUUAUCAAGUUUUACUGUACGAGUUAGAUGCAAUCCGGAAGGCCUGUGCUUCUCUUGAACCGAACUAUCAACCACUGGUGACUUUCAUUGUAGUGCAAAAAAGACAUCACACUCGUUUGUUUGCUAAUAAUCACAGGGACCGAAGCAGCACGGACAAGAGUGGAAAUAUUUUGCCUGGCACUGUCGUUGAUUCGAAAAUCUGUCAUCCAUCGGAAUUUGACUUCUAUCUUUGCAGCCAUGCCGGUAUUCAGGGAACAAGUCGGCCUGCACACUACCAUGUUCUUUGGGACGAAAACAAUUUUACUGCAGAUGGAAUACAGUCUCUAACAAACAACCUUUGUUACACGUAUGCAAGGUGCACGCGCUCGGUCUCUGUUGUUCCUCCUGCCUAUUAUGCACAUUUAGCUGCAUUCCGAGCACGGUUCUACCUAGAACCAGAGAUGCAAGACAAUAAUAGCUCAACAGGCGCUGGUUCAGGUCAAGCAAAAGGUGGUGGUACAAAGGCAGCAGGAGAAUCCGGGGUGCGGCCGUUGCCGGCCUUGAAAGAGAAUGUGAAGAGAGUGAUGUUCUACUGCUAGAACCGUAGCAAAAGCGAGGAGGAGAUGCAGCAACCAUGAACGACCUUUCGGUUCACAAUGUUGCUUGUACAGUUGCUAAUGAUACUUGCAUGGUUGCAUGCAAGGUCUUCGAAUUAAGGUCGUCAGCGCAGCCUUUAAUGUAAAAAUGGUCGGUGGGACAGUGACCAAAAUGAUCUUUGAUGGAUAAAAAUGUUUAAAGUAGGUAUAUGUAAAGCAAUGCUUAUUUAGAAUCAAAUCUUAACGUAGGAAAUUUUGGCUGAGAAACUUGCUAUAAUCUCCUACCCUCCGUUUCAAUAUAUGACGAAGAUCAUUGAAUUAGAUAGAA